GUUUUCUGCUGUGAACCAGUGAAAAGCUCCGACGAAGCUCAAAACACAAGGGGGCGGGUCUUCGCUGGUCCAAUCAUGUGCCGCCGUUCAUCUGGAGCUGAUGAGACACGGAACCAGAACCAGUGUCCGACGCUGAGCGACGUCCGACUGAACUCAGCUGCUGGAUCGUAAUGAACAGAUUGAAGAUCAUCUCAGGUCACCUUUCUCCCGCUGGUUCCACGGACCACGAGCGGGACUUAUGGGGGUCGACGUGUGGAUCCGGACCCGCGGGCAGCAGCGGUCCGGAGGACGUGGUGGUGGUUCAUGGACUGAGGACCGCCACCGGCAGAGCGAAGCGAGGAUCUUUCAAGGACACCACGCCUGACGAGCUGCUGAGCGCGGUCAUGACAGCGGUUCUGAAGGAUAUUGGACUCUCACCGAACCAGCUGGGAGACGUUUGUGUGGGUAACGUGCUGCAGCCCGGAGCCGGAGCUCUGAUGGCCAGAGUGUCUCAGUUCCUCAGUGGGUUCCCGGAGACCGUUCCCGUCUACACCGUUAACAGACAGUGCUCCUCUGGGCUGCAGGCGCUGUUCAACAUAGCAGGAGCCAUCAGAAGUGGAUCCAUUGACCUGGGCCUCGCCUGUGGUGUGGAGAGCAUGUCCCUGCGUGCGAUGGGGAACCCUGGAGAUCUGAGCUCCAGGCUGGUGGACAUCGACAAGGCUAGAGACUGUAUCAUCCCCAUGGGCAUCACCUCGGAGAACGUCGCAGAGAGAUUCGGAGUCUCCAGAGAAAAGCAGGACGCCUUCGCUCUCGGCUCUCAUCAGAAGGCGGCGCGGGCGCAGAGCGCCGGCAGGUUCCGCGAGGAGAUCGUCCCCGUUACCGUGACGAUGGUGGACGACAGAGGUGAAGACCGAGCGGUGACGGUCGAGGAAGACGAGGGCGUCCGACCCGGGACGACCCUGGAGGGACUCGCUAAACUCCGGCCGGUGUUCAAACCCGACGGCAGCACAACGGCAGGUAACUCCAGCCAGGUGAGCGACGGAGCAGCAGCCCUGCUGAUUGGCCGCAGGGCUGCGGUGAAGGCUCUGGGUCUGCCGGUCCUCGGGGUCCUGAGGGCCAGCGCCGUGGUCGGCGUCCCGCCGGACGUCAUGGGCAUCGGACCUGCGGUCGCCAUCCCCGCUGCCCUGGAGCAGGCUGGACUCUCUGUGGCCGAUGUGGACGUGUUUGAGAUCAACGAGGCGUUCUCCAGUCAGGCGGUGUACUGCGUGGAGAAGCUGGGCAUCCCGCCGGAGAAGGUGAAUCCUAACGGCGGCGCCAUCGCUCUGGGUCAUCCUCUGGGCUGCACCGGCGCCCGACAGGUGGUGACGCUGCUGCACGAGCUGAGACGCCGCGGCAGGAGGGCGUACGGCGUCGUGUCCAUGUGCAUCGGGACCGGGAUGGGAGCGGCGGCUGUGUUCGAACACCCGGGACCGUAGGACGUGGUGGGUCGUCUGUAUCAGGUGAUCACAAGACGAGAGCUGCAGCAACUGAUGGAUUUGUUGAUCAGCGGGAAAAAUUAAUCUGCAACGAUAAUCUGAAGAUUGUUGUCAGUCGUUCCGUCUUCUUUAAAGUGAAAAUUAGAUGUAUUUCUGUGUCACGUACGGACUGUGAAUAAAGAUAGGAACAUGAACCCAAAUCCUCACGAUCGCCCCCCGGUGUCAGGCUGCAGUACAGGUCAUAAGCCCCGCCCCCUCCAUGUGAGGAGAUGGGACAUGGUCCAUAGUCCAAUAUCUAAGUAGACGUUAAAAAAAUUUAAGAUGUACAACACGUCUCCUUUUGUACAAACAUGAAGCUGCCAUCUUGUGCUGGUGACGUCAUGUGGGUGAUCGUGGUAUUGAGGCCCCGCCCCCCCACACACACACGCUCUCGACCAAUCCUGAGUCAGUGUCAGCUGUCCAGCAUGACGU